AUGGCAGUACACCCGGACCCCGUCCCCCGCGGCCCCGUCCGCGCCCAGCUGAACUACUACACCCCGCCGCCCGACGGCUCCCGCCCGCACAACUACGUCGAGCCGGCCGAGGGCCAGCCCCAGCGCAACUUCGCGCAGCAGGCGCACGCCGUCGACAUCGCCGACAUCCGCGGCCGCGAGUCCGACUUCCAGUCCCUCGACCGCGACGCCUUCCAGGUGCUCCGGGGCCUGGCGCCCUCGGCCGAGCGGUCCUUCGCCGACGACGCCUCCAUCCGCGAGCGGUACUACCCGGAGGUGGAGGAGCUGCUGCUGUCGCACAUCCCCGGCGCCAGCAGGGUGCACCUCUUCGACCACACCAUCCGCCGGACGGACCCCAAGAGCCCCCGCGCGCCCGUCACCUACGUCCACAUCGACCAGACGGCCAGGUCGGUCGAGCAGCGCGUGCGGCGGCACAUGGGCGACGAGGCCGACGCCCUGCUCCGCGGCCGCUACCGCAUCGUCAACGUCUGGAGGCCGCUCAACAAGGGCCCCGUCGAGACCUUCCCCCUCGCCUUCGCCUCGUCCGCGUCGCUCGACGACGCCGACGUGGUCCCCGUCGAGCACCGCUACCCCAACGGGUACACGGGCGAGACGGCGUCGAUCCGGUACAACCCGGGCCAGAAGUGGUACUACCUGAGCGGCAUGACCGGCGACGAGCGCAUCCUCCUCGAGUGCUUCGACAGCGAGGCCUUCAAGGCCGGCUCCGGCGUCCAGGGCGGCAGGGUGCCUCAUACGGCCUUUGUGGAUCCCCGAUCAAGGCCGGAUGCUGAAGGCCGCGAAAGCAUCGAGGUCAGGGCCCUGGUAUUUGGGCCCUGA